AAAAAGGCCACUGAAAAAUUGUCCCGAAUUUAGCAAGUUUUGGUUUCGUUGGACGACUUUUGUCAAAGUCAUCUCCCUCCCUCCCUUUCUCUCUCUCUGGGGCUUGAAACAUGUUUGAGGAGACAGCUCCUAAUAUUCAAACAAAUGGAGAAAGAGCUGUUUGUUUUGUUUUUAAAGCCUUUGCAGUGACCCGUCUCGGGAAACAAUCCCGGCUCCUCUCCUCCUCAUGUGAUCUGUGAACCCCUUCAUAAAGGCUUCCUCCGCGGAACAUUACAUUACAUUCCCUCAGUUGGGGUUUCUAUUCUUCUCUAUUCUGUUCUGUUCUUUUUAUGCAGAGCAGCCAUGGCGGUCUCCUCCAGUUCCAGGCCCAGAACCACCGACCUCCAAUUGAUGAAUAGAAUGAAAGAGAAAGAUCGAGACACCAGCCCCGAACGUACCAAGGUCUGGUCCGAACCCCCCAGUAAGCUUCGAACCGACCGGAAAGUCCCCGUCGUUUACUACCUCUGCCGCAACGGCCAGCUCGAGCACCCUCACUUCAUGGAGGUCCCCCUCUCCUCCCCCGAAGGUCUCUAUCUCAGAGAUGUUAUCGACCGCUUGAAUUUCCUCCGUGGUAAAGGCAUGGCUGCGAUGUACUCCUGGUCUUCCAAGCGGAGCUACAAGAACGGAUUUGUGUGGCACGAUUUGUCCGACGACGAUUUCAUUUAUCCCGCCCAUGGCCAAGAAUACGUCCUUAAAGGAUCGGAGCUUCUUGACGGCGCAUUGAUAUGCAAAUCCGACGACACCGUGACAACGUCUUCAAGUUUCAGGAAGCCGCCCCCGGAGAGCCCAAAACCAGGCAACGACGGCGACUUCCCGGCGUUGACGCGGCGAAGGAACCAGUCCUGGAGCGCGACCGAUUUCAAAGACUACAAGGUCUAUAAGGCCGAGCUGGCCGGCCGGGCCGCCGCCGACGCGGCCACUCAGACGGACGACCGACGGCGCCGGCGACGACCGAUAAGAGAAGUAGAGGAAGAAGAAGAAGACGGCGACAAGGAAGAAGAAAAUAGAAAAGAACAGUGCGAGGAGAACCAACAACAGAGCACGGAGCUGAGCAGGGACGAGAUCUCGCCCCCGCCGUCGGAUUCGAGCCCGGAAACCCUAGAGUCCCUGAUGAAAGCGGACGGGCGUGUGAUCCUCUGCCCGGGAGCGAUGAACGAAGAUCGGACGGUGGACAAGCACCCAAGUGGACGGCUGAAGGCGUCGUCCGUGCUGAUGCAGCUGAUAUCGUGCGGCUCGAUCUCGUUCAAGGACUGUGGGCCCACGUAUGUGAAGGAGGCCGGUCCGGGAUUCUCCCUGGUAUCGCACUACAAGGCGAGGCUGCCACGUGGAGGGGGAGCCAAUCAGGAUCAGGUGGAGAAGGAAGCAGGGGAAGCUACGGUGGAAAUCCCUAAUUUCAGCGGGAGGAUUAAGGUGAGGGUGGAAGACAAGGAGUACUUCAGCGGAAGCUUGAUAGAGACAAAGAGGGACCAAGUCCCAACCCUCAAGAGGUCCUCUUCCUACAAUUCCGACAGGACCUCACAUUUGGAGACAAGGGAGAAAGUGAUGGAUGGAGCGAGAGCAAAAUGCAUGCAGAGGAAGCCAAAGACCAAAGGAGAAGGCAACCACAACGAAGCCGCCUCUCGCGGCACUACCACCAUUAGAAGGAAAGCAGUAGUCCAAUCCUAAGGAGGAGGAGAAACCCACAGAAGAAAGCAAAAGCGCAAAAGCUAGAGAAAUCACUUUCAGAGUUGGUGUCUAAGAAGUUGCAAACGUAGGAAAAUGUAAUCAAUCUAGUAAUAAGAAUGAAUAUAUAAUUGUAGCCGAGCGAGAGAGAGAGAGAGAGAGAGAGGUGUUAUGAUCGAGAAACAUGGGCAAAAAAUACGCAGUUGAUGAGCUUGCCAGUCACGGCACUGCAGAGCAUGAAAGCGGUACAUUGGACAUUGACAGAUGGGAAAAUGUUAGAGCUUUGUAGGAAUUUCAUGACAACUCUUUGUUUUCAUGUUGAAGUUGAGGCAGCCUGUGAAUGGUUUUGUCUCUUUCAGUU